GCGAAUACUGCCGAAAUGCCGUCAUGGAUGGCAGGGUUUACUUCAAAUAGCUGCGAUUUCGCCUUCAUUCCUCUUUUCCUGCACUCAAGCCUUCUCGUUCCGAUCUGACGUUCCCAAUCAUGAGGUUUCUAUCAAUUGCAGGAACUUUGCUCUGUGCAACCUCUGCCUUGGCGGGUAGUUCGUUACACAAACACAAAGUCUUCAACAAGGCCAGGCCGGUAGUAGAGAAGCGCGAGGCAAGCCAGGCAUUCAAGUCUCCAGAGCUCCAGAAACGAGCAUCCCGUUUUCUCACAGAGAAAACCAAGGAAUUUGCCGUCAAUGGUACUGGCAUUCCUGAGGUCCCCUUCGACGUUGGAGAGUCAUAUGCCGGAUUGCUGCCCAUCUCUGACGACCCAGACGAGACCCGUAAACUUUUCUUCUGGUUCUUCCCAACUACCAACCCUGACCCUCAAGAUGAGAUCGUCAUCUGGUUGAAUGGCGGUCCUGGAUGCAGUUCAUUGAGUGGUUUCAUCACCGAGAAUGGUCCUUUCACAUGGGAAGCCGGCACAUUGGCUCCAGUCCAGAACCCCUAUAGCUGGACAAACUUGACCAACAUGAUCUGGAUCGAGCAGCCCAUCGGUGUAGGAUAUACCCAGGGGACUCCUAAUAUCACGGAUGAGGUUGAGUUAGCCACUGAGUUCCGUGGUUUCUGGAAGUCUUUCUUUGACACUUUCGAGCUUCACAACUGGAAGACCUACGUGACGGGCGAGUCUUAUGCUGGGUACUACGUCCCCUACAUUGCCGAUGGAUUCAUUCAGCAGAAUGACACCGAGUACUUCAAUCUCGCUGGCAUCUCUAUUAAUGAUCCAAUCAUUGGAGAUGAUACUGUGCAGCAACAAGUCGUUGUCCUCCCCUAUGUGGAGUACUGGAACAACCUCAUGUAUUUGAAUGAGACCUUCCUUGACCAGAUACGCAAGCGCAAUGAGGAGUGCAACUACACCUCCUACUGGGACACCUACUUCAAGUUUCCUCCACCAUCGGGCCCUUUCCCCGUCCCACCUGACCCCUACGAGACCGAUGACCUGACCUGCAGCCAAUUCGACACCGUCUACUCUGCAGCUCUCGAAGUCAACCCUUGCUUCAACAUCUACCACAUCACCGAGACCUGCCCCCAUCCCUUCUCCCAGCUCGGCAUAGUAAACUCAGGAGACUACAGCCCCCCGAAUGCAAAGAUCUACUUCAACCGCACCGACGUGCAGGAAGCCCUCCACGCUGUCGUCGGCACCAACUGGCUCCAAUGCUCCGACAUCAACGUCUUCGGCAACGGUAACGGCUCCUCCAAUGCACAAGACGCCUCCGUCGGCCCUGCCAACAACGGCGUCCUCCAGCGCGUCAUCGAAUACACCAACAACACCAUCAUCGGCUCCGGCGACCUUGACUUCCUCCUCAGCACCAACGGCACCCUCCUCGCCAUCCAAAACAUGACAUGGAACGGCGCCCAGGGUCUCCAGGAGUAUCCGAGCAAGCGCCUCUACGCCCCUUACCACCCCGAGUACAACGGCGGCGCUCUUGCUGGCUCCGGCGUCCAGGGCUCUUGGAGCCAUGAGCGUGGCCUCACUUUCUAUACUGCCCAGCUCGCUGGCCAUGAAUUGCCCGGUUACACUCCCGGCGUCGCGUUCAGGAUGCUCGAGAUCUUGCUCGGAAAGGUCGACGACUUCAGCAGCACUGAGGGAUUCACGACUCAGAAGGGAAACUUCACCGGAACUGGUAUCAUUUAUAAGAGGGAGAGUGAGAGCUCCAUCGAGGUGGAUUCGCUGAUCUAGGAGAAGAAUGAUAGUGGAUCUUAGAUUAUUUAUGAAUAUUUAUUGAGAAUAUAUAAUGUGAUCACUAAAUCUUGUUAUUUGUCACACGCA